AUGAAUGAUCUUCGCCCUAUGAUCACAAAGUUUGCCCUCGACUCUAAACCACAACAAGUCCGAGCCAGCAAGCCAAAGGUUCGCAGUGGCUGCGUCACCUGCAAGCUUCGCCGCGUCAAGUGCGACGAGGGCAGACCAGCGUGCGCGGCUUGCUUGAAGUACCAAGGCCACUGUGGAGGCUACAAAGAAACCAAAACUAAGCCCUCCAAGUUACCACCCAAGCAUCGGUUACUGUAUCCAAAACCGAAACAAGAAAAGAGCAGAGUCCUCGAUAUACUUCUUGAGCCAAACUACUCGACUCUCGUCUUCUCGAGCCAGCUGGAGAAGGACCACUUCGACUACUGGCUAUCCUUCACCAACACCGCCAUUCUGUUCCGAUCCGAUCUGCUCACACAGAUUAUCCCGCAACUCUCAUGGAACGACCCAGCCAUUAAACAUGCAGCUUUGGCCGUAGGCGCCGCGGCCCUAGGUGCCACUACUCGAGAACAACGUCUCCUCGGGCGAGGUAGAUUCGACUCGGAUGCUCUGUUCCACUACACGAAAUCGAUGAACAUCCUCUACUCAACACCAAUGUCUCUCGAACGUACGUUGACAGCGUGUCUUUUGUUCAUCAUCUUCGAGUGCUUUCGAGGCAACAAGGCAGCUGGAUUGAACCACAUCAACCACGGGUCCCGCAUCCUUGACCAGUGCCCACCAAGCCAAGGCGCGGAUUCGAGCCCCCUGCUAGAAGAAGUCAUGACUAGUUUCCAGUAUCUGAGUCUCCAGUCUUGGACUCACGGCGGAGCGCACCCGAAAGAGACAAAGACCCGAGUACCGUGGUGUUGCCGCGGACGCAAGACGCGGUACGCGGUCGACGAAAUGCCCACGAAGUUUGAAACGCUGGAGGCUGCCCGCCGCUGGUGGAACGUCGUUCGCCACCACGUCGAGCACCAUGCACCGCUAUACACUGGGUUCAUAGUUGAGGGAUCUACCGCUCCAUUACCAGAGAAGCCGCCGCUUGAGUACACCUCGCCGAGCUCGCAAGCACGCGUCCGGAGUUUUGUACGCUUCACCGACGCCUGGCACCUUGCCUUCCAACCGCUCGCCGUCAAAGCAGAGACCGAAAAGGAGGCGGACUUCAAGAGCUACUAUAAGGCCAUCAGCCUCAGAAUACACUACUUGUACCUCUGGAGCGUGAUACGCUGUGCCGGCUGGACCGAUGUGGAGGACACCAAGCGCAUCACGCCCGCAUUCAUGGACAUUAUAUCAAUGAGCAGACAGCUCCUCGAGGUCCACGAUGCGGAGAACCGGAGUGGUGCAGAGGCAACAGAGAUUUUCACGAUCGAGGACGGCCCGACUUGGCCUCUGUGUACUGUGUUCCUCAUGUGCACAAUGCCUGGAGUGAGACAUGCUAUCGUCAAACUCUUCAAGGACUUCCCUCGGCGUGACGGGCUUUGGGACACAAGUGCAUUCCUAGUCAUCAUGGAGUGGGUGAAUACGAUGGCUUCGACGGGUCGUAUCACGAACGACCAACGGCAUGUUGUCGACUGUAAUGUUGUCUUUGGCGAGUCCUCCGUGACCGUUGAGAAGCAGCUUUGGGACCCUGUUGUGUUGGAUUGGGAGAGUCGCAGUGUAUGCUUUAGCUACUAA